AUGUCCUCGACCCUCCUUUCCUUUGACCACAUCUCUGAGCCAGUCGACCCUCGACAAGCUAUCGCCGAGCGGGAUCUUUCACGCCGUGUUGCGGCAGAUUAUCGCACUGAAAUCCUUAAACACAUGGAAGAUAUGGAUGCUGCUAGUCGCCCGAACCCAGCCAUGAUUGAAACUCAGCCCGAGAUUGACUGGCAAAUAUGGCCGUUUCUUGUGGAUUUCAUGAUCGAUUCGCAUGCCCGACUCGAUCUGGAGCCCCAAACUUUGUUCAUGGCCGUCAAUAUCCUCAAUCGGUACUGUGCAUUACGGAUCGUUUACCGCAAACACCUUCAGCUGGUGGGAUGCACUGCCCUGUGGAUUGCUGCAAAAUACGAAGACAAGAAAAGCCGAGUCCCGAGCCUGGCAACGCUGAGCAACAUGUGCUGCUCCGUGUAUCAGCCGAUCAUGUUUGUACAGAUGGAGGGCCAUAUGCUAAGCACGCUUGACUGGUCGAUUUCGCAUUGCACCGUCGACAGCUUUCUUUCCAUCUGCUUGAGCCAUGGUGCCUCUCCUCUGCUCAGCAAUCUCACCAUGUAUCUUGCUGAGCUCACACUUUACAUUCGGCCAUUCAUUGGAGUUGCCCCUCACAAAAUCGCUCGCACAAUUCAUCUUCUGGCAUUGCAUAUUCUUAGCUUCUACCCAAGCCUCUCUUCACCGUCCAUGUCCUCGGCCGAGCUCGAGUGUCUGCGGCUGCUUUCCGAGGCAAUUGCCUCUCCUUCUCGCACCGUCGCCGACAAAUAUUCAUCGACGCGACGCUAUCAAGUUACUCGUCUUGUGAGUUCGUACGUCAUGCGGUCUACGGCUCCAGAAAAGAUCGAGUCUCAUAUGGAUGGCCAGCCCGUUCAAUUCUCGCAUCCCAACAGCCAGUUUGUUGACUUUACCUUCCCUCCUACUCCGCCAAAAUCAGAAAUCAGUAUGGCAAGUAGCACGGCAAAGUCAACUCCGUCAAGCUUCUGUUCAGCAGCAACCCCUCCGCGGUUCAGUCUGAACUUUCCAAAUGCUUCGGGGUCAACCACUUCGGUGUGCUCAGGGCCUCCGCAGCUACCUUCCGAAGACUCUCCUAUUAUGACGGACUUUUAUAGAGGUGACUACUCCGCUCCAAUGUCAGGGGUUAUCGACGAGUUGGCUAGACGGGAUUCAGAUACCUAUUCAGGGAACGUGCGCGGGUCGCCGCCCCCUACACCGCUAGUGCCCCCAAAGAUGCCGUCUUCUAGGCUUCGCCUAAUUUGA